AUGAUAUAUAAAUUUCUUGUAGCUAUUACUUUGAUAGCGCUACAUGCGCUAUCGGUAAGUGAAGCUGCAGUAAUGGCCAUCGAUUACGGAACGGAUUGGUUUAAAGUCGCCCUCGUAAAGCCGGGAAUACCUCUUGAUAUAGUGUUAAAUAGAGACUCAAAGCGUAAAACCCAAGCAGCGUUGACAAUACGUGGUGAAGAAAGAAUUUAUGGUUCUGAUGCUGUAAAUCUUGGUGCACGGUUUCCACUCAAUACAUAUUUUAGUGUCAAAAAGGUUCUCGGACGAUUGGUUGAUGAUAAGAUCAUAAAAGAUUAUCAGUCAGUAUUUCCGAAUAAAAUAGUACCAGAUCCAAUUCGUGGAACAGUUGUUUUUCAACAUAAUGAGACUACUACUUUCUCGGUGGAAGAACUUCUUGCAAUGCAAUUUGCUCAUGCCAAAGAGCAGGCCGAGGCGGCCGCUCAAGAAGCCAUUAAAGAUGUUGUAAUUACGGUACCUCCAUAUUAUAAUCAAUUCGAAAGGCAAGCAAUUUUAGAUGCUGCCGAUCUUGCUGGUCUUCAUGUUCUUACUUUGAUCAAUGAUGUAACAGCCGUUGGAUUGAACUACGCGAUUUCUCGUUUUACUUCGUUUACGGAAGAGCCGCAAUAUCACAUGUUUUAUGAUAUGGGCGCUGGUAGUACUAAAGCAAGCUUGAUAAGUUUCAAAACUUCAAAUAUAAAAGAUGUGGGACGCUUCAAUAAAACAAUCAUCAACCUUGAAGUGUUAUCAGUUGGUUAUGAUCGAACCCUUGGCGGACAAGAAUUUGAUAUUCGCCUUCAAAGAUAUUUCGCCGAAGAAUUUGACAAGAAAUUUAGUGGAAAAUUAAAAUCAUCUAUAUUCACAUCGGAACGUGCCAUGACUAAACUUUAUAAAGAAGCAAAUAGAGUGAAACAAAUUCUCAGCGCCAACACGGAUGCUAUUUCUUCGAUAGAAAAUUUACACGAAGAUCUUGAUUUUCGAUUUCCUAUUACGAGAAGUAAAUUUGAAGAAAUAACGGCUGAUCUUAGAAAACGCGUCAGUGGCCCUAUUAAUAAUGCGUUAAGUAACGGCAAAUUAACUUUAGCUGAUCUUCAAUCUUGCGUAUUAGUUGGUGGUGGAGUUCGUGUACCAUCAAUUCAAGCUGAGCUUAAAAAUACAGUUGGAGAAGAAAAAAUCGCUCAAAAUGUAAAUGGUGAUGAGGCUGCUGUGUUUGGUGCUGCCUUCAGAGGAGCAGGUCUAAGCCGCCAAUUUAAAGUGAAAGAAAUCAAAGUUAAAGAUAUAACUCCUUAUCCUAUUGAAGUUGAUUAUUCUUCUGAGCCAAAAAAGUCUGAAGAUGGCACUUCAAAAUCUAAAGUAUACCAUACGGUGUUGUUUAAUGAGUUUACUGCGGUUGGAACUCGUAAAAUGAUGAGUUUCCCACGUACAAGUGAUUUUAAUUUUUCAUUAAAUUAUGCCAAACUAGAUGACGAAAUCGCGAGAGAUUUUGGGCCUACAAAUAUUGCAAUUUCUAAAAUUACUGGUUUGACUGACGCUAUCAAGCAAUUUAAUGAUGUUGGUGUAGAACGCCCUAAAGUCAAAGUUACUUUGCAACUAUCUGAGUCCGGUCUAGUUUCUGCUACAGAUGCUAUCGUGACUAUUGAACAACAGUCUUUCGCAGAUAAAUUCAAAUCAUUUUUUAAAUCAGAAGAGUCAAUUAAAGAUGUUCCAUUACCGGAUGAAACACCAAAUUCAGUGAAUGCUUCAGAAUCUACACCAGAAGUAAAUGCAACACAAACCAAUGAUACCGAACCAAUACCAAAACUAACCAAAAUAGAGACAAAGAAUUUGAGCAUUGAGAUAGAAUAUGUUGGUAUCAUACCUUUGGGCGAAAAUGAGAAAGUCGUAUCAAUUAAGCGACUACGUGCAAUGGAUGCAUCUGAUCUUCAACGACGAGUACGCGAGGAAGCAAGAAAUAACUUGGAAGCUUUUGUUUAUCGCGUACAGGAUUUCAUUGAAAAUAAUGAAGUAAUACUUGUUAGUACGGACAAUCAACGCGCUGAAUUAAAAUCAAAGUUGUCUGAAACAUCUGAUUGGUUAUAUGAAGAAGGCGAGAAAGCUGAGACCGAAGAGUUUAGAAUGCGUCUCAUGAGUCUCAAGUUACUUGAACAACCUAUUGCAUUUCGACGAGAAGAGCGAGAUAAACUUCCCGGAGCAAUUUUUACAAUCAAAACUGCUAUCAACAGCACUCGUGCUUUUAUUGAAGAAAUCAAAACGAACUCUACAGCCGAAAAUCGUUAUUAUACAGACGAAGAACUUAACAAAUUAUUAAAUAUAGUCGGGAAAGUUGAAGAUUGGCUUAAUGAAAAAUUAGUUUUACAAGAAAAAACACCACCUCACUUUGAUCCAAUUUUGACUAGUAUAGAUAUUGAAAAUAAAUUAAAAGGAAUGGAACGCGAAUUUUUACUUUUGCCUAUUAGUAAACCAACCACUACUAUAUCAUUAGAAACUAAAACUAAAGAAACUGAGCAAACAAAAUCCAAGCACGAUGAAUUAUAA